ACAAUAUUUAGUUCUUUCUUUUCUCUUCAAUAUCUCCCUUAUUUCUUGCAUAAACUAUCUCAUUUUGUAUCGGUAAAUACCUGAAUAUUUGAUAUUCAUCGAAUGGCUGAUAUGCAGGGUCUUAAAAUUAGGAAGAGCCCUAACCGAUUAAUACAAGAUUUAGACGUCUUUGACGGAUCUUCUAAAGAUUGGAAUAACCCUUGGAGCUCUCAUAAUGCUAAAUAUCAUUGGCAAUUGCACUUCGCUUCUGUUGAUUCCGUUGAGCAAAAUCCUUAUGACUUCUGGUGCGUUUGCCAGAAAACCCGAAAGCAUAUGCACGUACAAAUACAAAAAGAAAACGGUUUUCCAUUAAUAAAGGAACCUGGGGUGGAUUUUACCCCACCAGAGAAAAUAAUCGCAUUCUGUAUGAUGGAGGAAACAGAACUGCUUAAUGAACAUGUUGAGAACACUCCUAAUUCAUCAGUAUGCUCUGCUGUGCAGUGGAAGUCUGAAGAUGGAAAAAUAAGCGUGAAAGUUGAAUGGAGAGACAGUUAUUUGGAUGCUUCAUGUAUUAAAGACAUCAUAGACUCUCGACGUCCUUCCUUUGCUUCUUUAAUUGCAAAAAAAUCGGCUUCUCAACAACAGUCACCUCGAUCUUCGCAUCCUUCCCUCUAUACAACAUUUGCUUCUCUGGAGCUGUUUCUUCGCAAUGUGUUAUUCAAUAAUGAUCAUCGUACUAUCAGUGCUGCUCCGGAAGGUACUUUUGAGAAGCACGUUGGAAAAGGACCUCAUAUUAAAAAACUUAUGAACCUUUUAUCAUUUCACUUUAAUUCUGAAAACGUAAAUUUCGUUCCAAGCAUUGCAAACGAACCUUUAACUAAUGAGCAAAAAAUAAAUUUAACGUUAGCUCGAAAUGAGCUCAUUAUAUUGGCAAAUAACUAUCGAGAUGGAUUAAAGGAUCCUCUCGUCCCUAGUCCAAAUGCAUCCGCAAAAUUAGCCCGUCCUUAUUUAAUUUCUGCUUUACAUGUUCCCGCUUAUAACAGUGUUGCUCCCAUGUACACUUCAAUCUUCCAUCAAAACAGUGCUUCUUUGCCCGAUGACCCUGCUUUUAUUGCGCUUGGUGUUACGAAUGAUUACCCUGAUGAUUUAGUUUGUUUUUUUUAUAACAAACAAAAAGAGAAUGACCCGGAUAAUGCAAGGAUUUAUGUAGAUGCUCUCGCACAUAUUUAUAAUCUCAGAAAAACUGCAGCGCUGAAGGAUCAACUUCAAUCGGAUAGAAACAUUGGUCUUGUUUCUAGUGACACUAUACAAGCAGCUUAUUCUUCUCUAUCUUUAGUCACAGAAGUUUCUGCUUUAGCCCAUAAUUUCAAAUAUACGGAUGAGGAUAUAUUAAACACGUUUCUGAAGUUCAUAGAAAAGCAUCCUGAAUCGAUACGAGUUCAGCGCGAGAAUCUGGAAACAAUUGCUUAUGCUAGAAACAGUAAAGGACUUUUGGAAUAUCUUCGUUCUACACACCGAAUAUUUUAUAGUAUCGACGAGGCUUGUACUUGGCUUGGAAUUACUCCAGAUACUGAGGACGGUAUGGUCGCUUCUGUUGCAUUGGUCAAAUUUGAGGACGAUUCUUUAAAAGCAAUAGAGGCGGUAAAAUGCAUUGCCGAGGAAAGAAAUAGUUCCGUUUUGUAUGAAUUCUUAGCUUCUCAGGACCCUUCUUAUAUUCCCCAAAUCCCUGACUCUUUCAUGACCACUGACGACGCUUAUGAAACACUUGCAGUCCAGGACCGUGACGUUUCGGAUGAUAUGUUAAUUAAUGUUUAUAACUUUGCGGUCGAGGAUCAACCAGAGCUAUCAGACCGCUUGAAGUCUGCAUUGAAUUGCAUUGGCAAAUCUAGGAAUUCAAAACUGAUAAUGCACUUUUUGGAACAUGGUAACCUGGACGUUCCUGAGGAGCCACCCAAUUUAAAUGUUCCUGUAGGAUUGGAAAACACAGGAAAUUUUUGUUAUUUGAAUUCCUUGCUCCAAUAUUAUUUUAUCAUUAAGCCUCUUCGUGAUGCAGUUUUGGGGAUUGACCAUAAUAAAGACAUUUCUAUGGUAAAAGACAGAGGAGCUGUCAAAAAGGUUGGUGGUCGUAGCGUAAACCGCAUUGAAUUUUUACGCGCUUUACAAUUUACCUAUGAGCUUCGUUCUCUCUUUCAGCAGCUUAUUACCACUAAAUCUUCAUCUAUCCUUCCAUCAUCAAAGUUGGCGUAUUUGGCUUUAAUCCCGUUAACUAUGGAACAAGUCAAUUCAACAUCCUCAUCUGUAAUUCACCCAAUGGAAUUAAGCAAUGCAUCUUUGGAGAGCCAUCAACACACUCAACAAACCGCUGCUCCUUCAAACAGCAGUCGCUCGACUUCCGCUUCGGAUUUAGUCAAUUUGCCUUCUAACAAUGAACAAGAUACACAAAUAGCUUAUUUUGAUAUAUCAGAAGAGGAGAUAAAUUCAUCUCUGGAUUUGGGACGCCAGCAGGAUGUUGCCGAAUGCAUUGAUCACGUUUUAUUUCAAAUUGAGGUUUCUUUAGGCCCGACGAAAGAUAACGAAGGAUCAAAAAAUUCAGAUGAAGAUUUGAUUCGAAGAUUAUUUUAUGGUAAAACCAAGCAAACAUUACAUGAUGAUAGUCAAGGAACCAGAUCAAGUGAAGAAUUGUAUUCGCAUCUGAUUGUCGAUUUGUAUACAGAAAGACAAACCUUAUAUGAUGUUUUGGAUGGUGUAUUUGAGACGGUAACACUUGAUUUAGGCAAUGAAACUACUAAAAGAUCUUUGUGUAUUAAAGAACUUCCGAUGAUUUUGCAGCUACAAAUCCAACGAGUACAAUUUGAUCGAAGUACCGGUCAACCCUUUAAAUCCAAUGCCUACGUCGAAUUUGGGAGAGAGUUACAUAUGGACCGCUAUAUGGAAGAUGAAAAUGGGCAAAUGGCUCCAUUGUUGGAUGAAUAUUGGAACAUGAAACAAAGAAUUGGUGAACUGCAACAGCGUCAAAAAUUUCUAAUGACUACGAAUUCACAACUUUUAUCUUCAGUAGAUACAUUAACUACACUCUCAGCUUGGGCUGAUGAUCAAAAACGCUCACGAUUGCCUAUAAGCAAAAAGUUGCCUCAACUUCUUCAGGAAGAGACUGAAAAAAUAAAAGUAGAGCUCAAGGCUAUGAAACAGGAAGAAAUACGAUUACAGGAAGAGAGAAUGCAUUUGUUUGAUGGCCAUAUGAAACACAGUUAUGACCUUUUAGCCGUUUUUAUUCAUCGAGGACAGGCAACUUUUGGACAUUAUUGGACAUAUAUGCGUGAUUUCAACACUAACGUUUUUCGAAAAUAUAAUGACGAAUAUAUUACAGAGGUUGAUGAAAACGAGGUUUUUGCAGACACUACGGGAAAUACCGCUAAUCCUUAUAUGCUAACAUACGUAAGGAAAGACUGCAGGCAUCUUAUUGAGUGUCUGUCUCGCAACCCAGAUCUGUCCUGUGAAAAUUAGAAGUAAAGUGAGCAGUCAUUUCAAAAUUUUGGACUCAAAACUUUGGAUUAUAGAGUUUAUGCAUGAUAUUUCAUAUGUUAUGUUUACUGAUGAUAUUGAAUCCUACUUUAGACAUUUCAAUUAAAAAUAAUAAAAAAGCGUUUCUUAUCCUUCAAUCUGGGUCCCCAGUUAAGCCAUUAUGAG